UUCUUUUGAUCAUCAUCAUCAUCAUCAUCAUCAUCAUCAUCAUCAUCACCUCUGUGUUCAUAUGUAUCUGCGUGACCCCUGCAACACCCUUACCAUUCAGCAUCUUUAAGGACUCCUUCCACAGAGACAGACUUUCACCUCCAGACCAGGGGGACGAAAACCUUCAAGCACAAACCAUUCGCUUUACUGCUUUUGUGAAAGCACACACAGGAACAGACAAUUUCCUGACAAUGUCAUUCUCUGGCUAACCUCAACACCACUGGAUGAAAGCUCAUGGAGAAACGUGUCUAGUUCUGGGAGGGAGAUGCAUCUCCUCAGGACGAAAUGGUAAGAAAUGAUCCAUCAAACUGCAAAGCCAGUGAGAGAUUACUGCCACUGAGACAGCAUUAAGAACAACUGAUUAACCUGCAGUCUGUUUUUGAGAUAAAGUUUCGCGUCCGAUUAUUAAUCGGUGUCACUUCAUUCAAGAUCCGAUUCAGGUUGCUGUUGUCCUUAAUGGCGUUUAUGAUGAGAAGAUGGAAGGUGUUGGUGGUGCUGAACGUGUUCGUGGUAGCUGGCUUCGUCACUUUUUGGGGAAAGUGUGAUGUACGGCCGAACAAAAUUGUUAACGGUCACUCUCGCCUCAACGGAUCUUCUUCGGACCCAAGCGUGAGUCAUGAGGUCCUGCUGAAGAGGCUUGGCUCAUUGGAAGAUGUGGUCUACAGACAGCUAAAUGGUUUGUCCAAAUCUCUUGGGCUUAUUGAGGGCUUCAGAGGCCAGGGCAAAGGUGGCUUUCCUUCCACACUGACACCUGAGGAGGAAAAGCAAGCCAAAUACCUGCAGGAGAAGUACGGCUACAACGCAUUCCUGAGUGACAGGAUUUCUCUGGACAGGUCCAUCCCGGACUAUCGGCCCAGCAAGUGCAAAAACAUGUUUUAUCCGAGAGACCUGCCCCAGAUCUCUCUUAUAUUCAUCUUUGUGAACGAGGCGCUGUCGGUGAUCCUGCGAUCUGUGCACUCGGCCGUCAAUCACACUCCACCUCAUCUGCUGAAGGAGAUCAUCCUAGUAGACGAUAACAGCGAUGAUGAGCAACUGAAAGGGCCACUUGAAGAAUAUGUCAACAAACGGUAUCCAGGCCUUGUCAAAAUUGUGCGCAAUCAGAAGCGAGAGGGCCUCAUCCGUGCUCGCAUCGAGGGCUGGAAAAUGGCCACAGGGGAGGUGACAGGCUUUUUCGAUGCCCACGUAGAAUUCACUCCUGUUUGGGCUGAACCAGUUCUGUCCAGAAUUAAGCAGGACCCCAAGAGGAUCAUCCUACCUUCAAUAGACAACAUUAAACAUAAAUCAUUUGGCCUGGAACGCUACGAGAACUCAGGCCAUGGUUUCAACUGGGAGCUGUGGUGCAUGUACAUCAGUCCUCCGAAACAAUGGUGGGAUGAGGGAGAUACCUCGGCACCCAUCAGGACGCCUGCAAUGAUAGGCUGUUCAUUCGUGGCAAACCGGCACUACUUUGGAGAGUUGGGUCUGCUGGACUCGGGCAUGGAUGUCUAUGGUGGAGAAAAUAUAGAGCUUGGAAUUAGGGUUUGGAUGUGUGGAGGAAGUAUGGAGGUCUUGCCGUGCUCUCGGGUGGCUCACGUCGCCAGGACGAAGAAGCCGUACCACAGUAACAUCGCUUUUCACACCAGGCGCAAUGCACUGCGGGUGGCUGAAGUAUGGUUGGACGAGUACAAGUCUAAUGUCUACCUGGCUUGGAACAUUCCAACGGUGAACCAUGGCAUUGAUUAUGGGGACAUAUCAGAGCGUGUGGCACUGAGGAAAAAAUUGCAGUGUAAAAACUUUGAGUGGUACCUUGAUAAUAUCUACCCAGAGAUGAGGCGAUACAACAACACUCUGUUUUAUGGAGAAAUUCGCAACUCCAACGUGACCCAUCUGUGUGUGGAUCAGGGUGUGAAGGAGAACCACACAGCAACCCUUCACCCUUGCCACGGUUGGAACCCACAGCUUGGGCGCUAUACUAAGGAGGGAUACCUGUUUGUGGGACCUUUGGGAAGCACUGGAGAUGACACCAGCUGUGUGAUUGAUGACAUGAUCAGCAGCUUCCCUCAGCUUGUCAACUGCGACAAAGUCGCCAACAUAGGCCAAAAGACAUGGAACUUUGUACAGAAUGAAUCGAUUGUGAACCGGGCCACAGGUCGCUGCCUAGAGGUGGUAAAGGCCAACGUCUCCUUCGGCUACGCGCUGGUUCUGCAGGCCUGCACUAGCCAGAGGUGGAACAUCAAAAACACGAUGAGGAAGCAACAGGGACUCUGAGGGACUCUGAGUGAGUCAGACCCAUCAUAUAAGACUGGUACACACAAAAAGCUAGAAGUCUUGAUAGGAACUACAAGAGUCUGCUUUUAGCUUUGGGUCUGAAGUGACUGAAUGAUAUUUUAUUGGGCGAGAGCUGCUCUCAGUAGAGGAGUGUGCAAUACAUGCGAGAAAAACUGCACACUCAGCCUUCUGAGUUCAGUCCUCUACAGAACAAGGGGUUUUUAUUAGAAAUAUGCGUGUUCCUCAAAAAGAGUGGCCAUCUACUACAAACUUUAAUGACUUUUUUUUUUAAAUGCCAAAAAGAUUUUGUAAGAGUCAUGCUGUGGAGCAAAACAGGUUAAAGAAGUUAUAAUAACAGCAUUCCAUAUCAAGUAAAACCUUUUCUUCAGGGUGCUACAAACUACAUUGAGCUCGUUUUUUUCGUUAUUAUUAAGUGGUCUCUUUCUUCUAUUUGAAUUAAGAUAUUUUGACUAUUUGACUAUUAUUGACUUUGUCAUGGACUUGAGUAUUUCUGUUGAUUUGUCUCGAACACAUUCAUUACCCCAGUGGAAAAUACUCAUUUACAAGCGUUCGUGACGGUGGAUGUGUACGGUAAUUUGCUUAAGUUUUACUGUUUGUUGUAGAUAUUAUUUUAAAAAAUCUUUUACAGCGUCAACCCCGUUAAUAAGACGUUUUCUUUUUAAGCAAAGUAACAGACUCUGUUAGUGACUUAAACACUCAGUAGCAUGACCUUUUAAUAUGCAAAUGAGAAAUAAUUAUAGGUAUAGUAAUAUAUAUUAGGUACAGUAAGAUAUUUUUGAAUUUUAGAGUGAGUGUAAUAGGACGUGUAAAUGAAUAUGCGCUACUGCUGCUCAUGGUCAAAUGGCUUGGUGAUGGAAAUUCUCCCAUACUGUCUUCCAUUAAAUUGAAAUAAAAUUUGAAAUAAAAUCGUGAACGACUCUGCUUGUGUAGGGUAAUGUAUGGAGUGACUACAUUUCAUGUUUCAUCAACUUUACAAACAUUAAAAGCAAAUCACAAGUGAGUUAAAUUACAAUCCUAAAAAGGGAUCAACAAAGCACAACCAAGUUAUACGUUAAUUACGGUGACUACAUAAAUAAACUGAAUUUUUUAGGCUUUUAAUAAGAAAAGAAUAGAACGUAU